CCCUUACAGCCAGCCAAGACAAACAAAUCAACCAACAACCAGCAAUGCUGUCUUCCAGUGUUCGCGGGCGCACCGCCUCAGUGCUCAAGCAAUGCGUGCGUGCAUUCACGCUCAGCAGUGAGCACGAGAUGCUGCAAAAGACCUGCCGCGACUUUGCCGAUGCCGUGCUUGUCAAAGGCGCCCCAGAGUGGGACAAGAACCACACGUUCCCCGCCGAUGCGGUUCAAGAGAUGGCGUCGCUUGGGUUGAUGAGCAUCGAGGUGCCGACGGAAUAUGGCGGCAGCGGCCUGGAUGCACUGGCAUAUGCCGUCGCAUUGGAGGAGAUUUCCCGCGGCUGUGCCUCCGCCGGCGUCAUCAUGUCCGUCAACAACAGCCUGUACAGCAGCCCCGUGCUCAAGUAUGGCAGCGAGGAGCAGUAUGAAACAUGGCUCAAGCCCUUCACUGCCGGUGAGAAGCUCGGCUGCUUUGCUCUGAGCGAGCCUGGCAACGGAAGUGAUGCUGGCGCUGCGUCCACGACUGCCCGCGACGAAGGCGACCACUGGGUGCUGAAUGGAACCAAGUCCUGGAUCACCAACGGUUACGAGGCGGAUGCUGCUGUCGUCUUCGCCACAACGGACAAAUCCCUCAAGCACAAGGGCAUCAGCGCGUUCCUGGUGCCAAAACCGACGGAGGGGCUCACGCUCGGCAAGAAGGAGGAUAAGCUCGGCAUCCGCGCGUCGAGCACGUGCAACCUGAUCUUUGAGGAGUGCCGCAUUCCAAAGGAGAAUCUCCUCGGCAGCAGCGGCCAGGGCUUCAAGAUUGCAAUGGCGACGCUUGAUGGUGGCCGGAUUGGUAUCGCUGCGCAGGCGCUGGGCAUUGGCCAGGCCGCCUUUGAGUGCGCCAUCGAGUAUGCACAGCAACGCAAGAGCAUGGGGCGCCCGCUUUCGAGCCACCAGAUGAUUGCGGAGAAGCUGGCUGACAUGGGCACACGUCUGGAGUCAGCUCGACUGCUGACACACAAGGCGGCAGUCUACAAGGACGAGGGCCGGGACUUUACGAAGGAGGCCGCGAUGGCCAAGCUGGCGGCGUCGGAGGCAGCGACGUUCAUCGCCCACCAGGCCAUCCAGAUCCUCGGAGGGAUGGGGUUUGUGACGGACAUGCCGGCCGAACGGCACUACCGCGAUGCGCGCAUCACGGAGAUCUACGAGGGCACAAGCGAGAUCCAGCGCCUGGUGAUUGCAGGCAAGCUGCUCAAGGAGUACGCACUCUGAACACAUGCACGCACAAAACACUCACACAGACACACGGACACAUGCUUGUAUGCACUGUGAGUCGUGCGUCGUGCGUUGCGUGAACAACAUGGCGUGUUACACCUCCAAUCUGUCUUCGUUGCGUGAUGUCAGCCUUUUCUUGUGCGUUUGUUCUGUAUCGCCACCAGCAUCCCGGUUUUCCAACCCCCAUUAAACAGCACAGUGUGUUGACUUGAUGGUGAAGCACAGCC